AUGCCUCCGGUAACAAUGCCGGCUCCCGGGGCCCCGCCGGUCGUCUCGAGACGAGAAGAGGAUUCGAUGAACAACGAGCAGAGCAUGAGCGGCAAGGCCAUCAUCGGGCUCAUCUUUCCACCGCCGGAUAUUCGAACAAUCGUCGACAAGACGGCCAAUUUCGUGGCGAGGAACGGCGUCGAAUUCGAGAACAAGAUCCGCGAGAAGGAGGCCCAGAAUCCGCGCUUUUCCUUCCUGCUGCCCACCGAUCCCUACAAUGCCUACUACAAGCAUAAGGUCAAAGAACUACAAGAAGGCAAAGAGGAGGCUCCGCGAAUCCAAGUGCCCGAGGCUGUCAAGGAGCACGUGAAGAAAGUGGCCGAGGCGAUCACCCGCCCCCCACCGGCACACGAAUUCAGUGAUGAUCCGACGACGAUCAACGCGUUCGACUUGGACCUGAUCCGGCUGACGGCGCUGUUCGUCGCGCGCAACGGCCGCUCAUUCAUGACGAAUCUGAUGAACCGAGAGAUGCGCAACUUCCAGUUUGACUUCCUCAAGCCGCAGCACAGCAAUUUCCAGUAUUUCUCAAGGCUUGUCGAGCAGUACACGAAGGUCCUCAUCCCAUCCAACACCAUCACCAAGGAGUUGUCGGAACAGCGCGAGAAGAAGCGGCUUCUGGAUGACGUCGACAAGCGUGUCCGCUGGGAAAAGUACCAGAAGAGUCUGAAGGACAAGGAGGAGGCCGAGCUCGAAAAGGAGCGUGUCGCCUACGCGCAAAUUGACUGGCACGACUUUGUCCUCGUCCAGACCGUCGACUUUUCGGCUCAGGAUUUGGGCAAUCUCCCUCCACUCUGCACUCCAAACGACGUCGGGGCUCGAAUCCUGCUCGAAGCCCGCAAAGAGCAAGAAAAAGCCAGCGAAAGCGCCGCCAUGGACAUGGAGGAGAGCGAGAGCGAGGACGAGCAAGAAAUUACCAACGAGGUGCCCGCCGGGCGUGUCGAGGAAGAGCAGGAGAAGCCGAAGACGUCAAUGGAUCUACCGAUGGACAUGCUGAACCAGCCGGUGCCGAUGGCCCCCAACAAGGGCAACAUCAUCAUCAGAGAGGACUACGAUCCGAAGCGGGACAUUGCAAGGAGACCGACCGUCGAGGAAUGGAUUGUGUCGCCGCUCACUGGCGAGCGCAUCCCCAAGAGCAAACUUGCCGAACACGUCAGAUACAACACCGUCGACCCGCAAUACAAGGAGGAAAGGGAGCGACAGCAGGCCAUUUCUGGGCCCGAAGAGCAAGUGCUGGCCCCUGGAAUGGACAUCUCCAAAUAUCUCAACAAAUUCGCCGACCGUCGUACCGAUAUCUUCGGUGUUGGAGAGGAGGGCGCCAAGCAGACGACGAUCGGAAAGAAGCUCGGAGAAGCUGACAGCCUGCCAAAAUCCGUCAAGGACGGGAUUUGGGACGGUACGGCCGAGACGAUGGAGGCGGCCACACGAAAGGCCCAGGAGAACGUGUCGAUUUCGGAUCAGUUGAAGCAGCUCCACCGGCAGCACGGCUAUCUGGCCGACCCGGAGAAGGAGCGCAUCGGCGCCCACGUUCCAUCGUCCAGCUCGGCCGCCGACAUUCCACCGCCACCGCCCGCCCAGCAAGCACCGCCGCCACGUCCCCCUCCCACGCAGCCACCGGUCAGCCAGAUCCCGCCUCCACCGGCGAUGGCGAUGCCGCUUCCGCCUCGUCCGCUGCCACCCGGUGCGGCGGCGCUGCUGAACCCGAUGAACCCGAUGCUGCUGCGGCCGCAGUUAGUCCCGAUGGUGCCGCAAAUCGUGCCGAUGAUGCCAAUGAUGCAGAUUCCGCAGCCGAUGCAAAUGCCGACGAUUCCUCCCCGACCGGCCCUCGACAUUUCCUCCCAGCCGCCAGCCAAGCGCCAGAAGACCGAGGAGGAGCUCGAGCCCGAGGAUGUCUGGAAGACGAAGGUGCCGGCCUCGCUGGAAGUGCGUGUGCUGCUGCCGCCGGAGCCGCAAUGGCAGAUGGACGGCGGCUCGGUCGUCUCCUUCACCGUCCCAACAGCCGCCGCCAUCACCACCCUCAAGCAGAAAAUCCAAGAGCGCUACCAGAUGCCGCUGAAUCGGCAGAAGCUCACGUUUGAUGGCAUCGUGCUGAAGGACACGAACAGCUUCGCCUUCUACAACGCCGGCCAGAAUUCGUUCUUCACCCUGCAGACCAAGGAGCGCGGCGGCAAGAAGAAG